UUAAUGUUGAGCUACGGUAAGGUGAUCGGCGCACGAGUAAUAAAAUAAAUGCACCUAGUUAUAAAUUUGUCCUAAAAAGAAGGGAAAUUCGGAAUAUAUAUAGCCGAAUUUGCUACGAUUUAGCCAAGAUCUCAAGGCUCGUACCUGAUAGCCAUCUAACUUAAUCCUCGUCUAUUUAUUAAUGACGGCAUAGCAAUGACCACAUAUAAAUACUCAACAUGCAAAUGAUCCAUCCGAGAAAUGGUCAGUGUAUCGGCAAAGAAAGGAUACUUACCUGUUCACCUAGGUACAGAAGAAAGAGAGAUGGAUCUUUUGAACAGUCUAUAAGGCGAUAAUUUUCUCGACACUUUAGCUUCGUCUACCGACCGAGACGGCAUUUGUCCGAAUAAAGUUUUCCUUUUCAUUAGUCUCAAUUAAUUUAUUCGCUAUUGUAUUUAAAAACCUUUAAAAAUUAUAAUUUCACUUUCUUUGGGUGCGAACUCCAAUAUUUCAUUUCCGCUGAAUCUGACAUAUUAGUGGAGCAGAAAAUGUGGUCGAUAAAAUGACGAAUACCGCCUUUAAGUAACGAGUUUAUACUCUUAUUGAAGUUGCUAUUCAAUGAUUAUUAGUUGGGUCGGGUUGCGUUCGUUUAGCUACUUUGCUUUAUUUAGUCUCCUUGUCUGCAUGUUUUCUUUACAUUAUUUUAUUUAAAAAUGCGCUUGGACAAUGUUAAAAACUCAAAUACAUCGAAGAAAGAAAUUAAUAAAUAUAAUAUUAAGAAAUCGGUCAUAGGAGUAAAAUGACAGGGAGUGGCUCGCAUCUAAAUUCAAAGGUCCAUUGAUCAACAUAUGGUUUCUGCCAUGCAAGGUACAAUAAUUACUAAGGCAGUAACAAGUGUUCAUUCUCAAACUUCCACCAUUCAAAACAAUUUUCAAAGUGACGCUGUACAAGACUUGUCAAUAAAUGAUUAUUUGAAGUCGGAAUCGUGCUUAAUAACAAUGCACAAAUCUAAUGUAAUCUCAAUGCAACACGAUCAAGAUUGUUGUUCUUGGUUGUCCGAUUUUAAUAAAGCUAUUUGUCAAUUGACUGCCUGCACAGAUUAUCAACGUUUCAAACAACUUCUCAUAAUUUAUGCAAAAAAUGUAAGCAACGAUGCAGCUGCAUGGAAUUCAAAGCUCUCUAAGUUGGCUGCAUUAAAAAAACAUAUAAGCAAUAGUCUUUUGUACUAUCAUUUUCAUUGGUAUGAUUGUAAAGAGAGAGUUAGCGAUCAUUACUUUUAUUUGCAAAGCAUGUCAGAUAUUUUAUUAAUAUAUGUAAAUUUGGAGUUGAGAUUUUUCAAAAAAAGUUCAGCUUCGGUAAAUAAAUUCACAAAUAUGUUGCUCAAUAUACUUUAUAUAUAUUUAGGUAAUUCAGAAGAGCAUAUUUUUAAAGUCUUGUUGAAAAGUGAACUUGCAACCAAACAUAAUAAUAAAAUUUGCUCGCCAAUUUUCGAAAAAUGUUUUUCUAAUGCCCUUGUCAAUAAGUCACAGCUAACUACCGUCACAUUUGUGCGUUAUGUACUUGCCUUGAAAAUGUGGAAAUUAAUAAGCGAUGAUCAAGAAGAGAUUAAAAAAAUUAAUAAUUUUGCCUUGAAGAUUAUAGGCUCUACAAUGCCUUCGUUAUGUUUUGAUAGCUUAGAUUUUUUUCCUCAGCCCCCCAAAAAAUGUAUCAAUAAAAUAAUCUGGUAUUUACAAACCAAAUCGUUUAAUUUAACAACGACGAUACAAAAUUUUCUGGAGUAUGAGGAAAAUUUACAUGGCUCGAUAAGUUCAAGCGACACAAAUAAAAUUGAGAAGAAUAAAAGUUGUUUUCACUUACAAGUUAAUGAAAACAUUUCAUUGGAAAAUGUAAAUAAAUGUGCAAAACUGCACAAUCAAUAUUUUAAAAUGAAAAAGAAAUUAGAGCCUGGUAAAAUAACUUUCAUUGAUUUAACUGAGGAAGAUGAUCAAAAGAGCGAGGAAAAGACUAUAAAAAUUAAGCAAAAUCUAGAAUGGUUAAAAGUCAUAAAGAAGAAAAAGAACGUUUUAAAAUAUUCAAAAUAUAAUCAUAAAGUAGAAAUUGCUGAUAGCACCGAUAGCUAUGAAAGUCCAGUUAAUAAAGUAGCAUUAAUCAAUUUACCAAUAUCUGAUAACGAAGUUACCGAAUCUUAUAAGUUUGAUAUUGUAGAUUCAAGUUGUGAAAGCUGUGAUAAUACGGGUAACGAUUUAUCCAUUUUAAAUAAUUCUAACGACAUGUUUGAAAAUAGUGAUAUUACCAAAGAUAAGAGAAAUCCCAACAUUGAGACAAACAGAAUUUGCUCAAUUACUAGUGAUCUAUUCGAUGAUUACAUUUGUGAUAUGUUGAUUAAUUCCAGUUUAUUAAACAAUGUAGAAUCAACUCAUUUAUCUGAAACGAAAUUAUUAGCUUCGGAUUUAAGUACCGAUUCUUCAAAAGAAUUUGUACCCACCUUGCUUGAUUUUAAUUUAAAUGGCAUUGAUUCGUUAUCAAAUGAUUUCUCUUACUCAAACAUUGAAGCUAUAGAUCCAUGUCUUACGAGAAAAAAUUUUAAAGAGACAUGCACGUCAAGUGAAAGCGAUAGGCCUUAUAAUUCAUCAUUUCGAAAAGAUACUCUUUUAAUGACAUUCAGAGAUAACAAAAAUCAGCUUUUAACCGAAUUGACUGAUUUUGGAUUAUAUGAAGUUGAUGAUAAGGAUUCGUCAAUUCUUAAUGAUGAAACAUUGAUAACAUCCACUGAUAUAUCCUCCAAUCCAUUUAUUUUAGAAUUAAAUUCCGAUAUUGCCAUAACUGAUUUUUCAAAGUCAUCAUUGUUAGACGAAUACAGUUUUAUUUCUGACGGUAAAGAAUAUCCUUUAUCGUCGAUCGAUAUUAAGCAUUGGAAAAAAAAAAUAUUAAAAACAAGUGGUACAUCAAAGAAAGGUAAAGAGAAGAUAGUAUUACAGGAAAGUCUUAACGAAGAUUUGGAAGGUUUCAAGAUACCGCAAGAAAAAAAGAAGAAUAAAUUGCGACACAGAAGAAAAAGAUCGGCUGCAGCAUUGAAGAUAAAGGAACCCCCAGCACAGAAGAUGAAAAUACCCGAAUUGCUCAUAUUGGAUGAUGAAUCUGAAAGUAUUUCUUGGUUAAAUGAAAGUAAAUUAGAAGAUGACAUACUUAGUACAACAAAUGUACCGGCCAAAGAAUCUAGUGACAAGUUAACUUCGAAGUUCCUAAAGCAGAAAAUUUCUAGUUUUCAAAAUCUUGCCGACUGUAUAAAAAAUAACAACGUUAAUAAAAUAAUUACUCUAUUUGAUUCUGGUAGUUCAAUUUUGAAAAAAUUGACAUCCAAACAAAUGAAACCAUCAUCCAGUCAUUACUUUAUUCGUUUACUCAAUGAAAAAGGAUUUUUAUUGCGUCAUUAUACAGAAGAUAAAGGAGAACUUGAGAGACUAGCGGGAAUUACACCUGAAAAAUGCGUUGCUUUACUAGAAAAAGAUGUUGUGCCAGAAUCACUUUAUUUUCAAGUAAACUAUGAUUUUUCACAAGCUAAUCUUCUAAUUUUUUUCAUCAAUAACUUAUCGUCUAUCUCAAAAUGGCUAAAUGAAAAAUGCCCCAGACUAUUUAUUAUCCAAGAAACGACUGUGGAAAUAGAAAGUAUGUUUAUAGCAGAUUAUUUAAAUCUUAUUCCAAAACCUUCUAAGGAUUUACAAUUUGAUAGCAAUAUAAAACUCGAAGUUAUUCGAGCUGAAACACAUGAUAAAGGUUGUCAGUUACUCGCUGAGAAACUUGGGUGGAGUAAGGAACUGAAGAAAUAUGACAUGUAAAUCAAUGAAAGACGUACGUAUAAAUAAACAAUAGUACAAACUUACUGAUAUAAUGAAACACUCAGUUAAGUGUUCAUUUUGUAAAUAUUAUUAGCAAUAUUAUGAAUUUUUUAUAAUUUCUUUAUUUAUUCGCGAGAUAUAGAUAACA